CUUCCAUCAGUCUUCAGGAGCUGUGCAAGAGCACACAGCCCACAACUGACCAGCAGCCAUGAGGAUCCUCUACCUGCUCUUCGCUGUUAUCUUCCUCCUCUUCCAGGCUGCUCCAGGUUCUGCAGAUCCUCUUUUUGCUGACACGGCGGACUGCAAGAGCCAGGGAAAUUUCUGCCGUGUUGGGAUAUGCCCACCCACCUUCACUAUCUCUGGAUCCUGCCACGGGGGGCUGCUGAAAUGCUGUUCAAAGUAA